AGUCCAAAGUCUAACACACAGACAGCCGAAUUGUUGGUGGUGGUGCCACUUCACAACCGACCGAGUAACAAGAACGUUGUCAGCGUAACGCCCGUUUCGAGAACGAAAUGGAUCCAACCAGCAGCAGGUGUCGUUCUAGUCAAAAAGGUAACCCAGUCAUCAUUUGUCUGUUUUUCUUGGAAGAUCGCUGCAAAUUUGGCGAUCAGUGUCACAAUCUUCAUCCAAUCAGACGAAAACUUUCCAAAAAGAAUAAGCCGAAAAUCAAUCAAGAGGACGACGAUCUCGCCGCUGCAUGUCACCAAAGUCUCAACCGGAAGAUGCGCACGGCUUCCGACGUCAUCCAUCGAAUCCAAUGGGAUUCGGCUUUAAAUGUCGCCGAUUUCCGGGUGAUUUACCUUGACCGAUUCACCGGACUCGGUUGCACGACGAUGGCCGAAUUCCUGGAGCAGAAUAGCGACGAUCCCACCAUUCCGCAGCAUCGCAUCCAGCAGAUCUGCUACUGUCCAUUCACCUCACCCGACAGCCGGUGCGGAUGGGUCGUCUGGGAAAAGCAGAGCAGGACCGAUUACGUUUUCGGCAGCGGAGGUGGCGCAACAAUCAAACUACUCGAUUUGAUCCGGCACGCGAGCAAAACCAGUCAACCGGUGUAAGCAAGCACGAAACAGGUGUGUUUCGCCUGUUACUACUCAUGACCGCUAGAUGGCGUGGCGUGUCAUCUCGAGCCCCAUUGGCGCCCAUUAUGGAAAAAAGGAAAUAAAACGGGGGCGAGAGUAAAGAAAUGAAAAUUGCGCAUAACGAUGCUGCUGCUGCUAUAUGACGGGAAUACACACAU